AUGAAGCAUGCCCUGUUUUCAGAACAACAACUCGGGGAAAGCUCUACUCGCUCGAUGAUACUUCAAGAAGAAAUGGACUACUAUAGUCGGAGACCUCGCCUCGGACGAUUCGAGCCUGGCCACUUCACUACGCCUACACGGCUGAGGAUCGAGUGCCGCUCAGAAGGAGGCGACAAGAACAUGCUUGCCACAAAUACCUCUGGCAGGAUGUGGAAAUUUGGAAAAUCCGGAAGUAGUCCAAUAGCCACUUGCGAAUUAGACUCGAGAUUUUGUGAGGUACCGGGUCACAUGAGGUGCAUGGACAAUGUAGUCUGCGACAUCGCGGAUGACUGUCCGAACGGAAAGGACGAAGAAUCAUGUGACGAUCAGCCCCUGGGAGCUAGAUGUGAUUUUGAUAACGAGAAGUCGUUCUGUGAUGGGUGGACAAUGUUAACGCUUGAGCAAGCAAAGCCUAUCACCGAACAUCUGCUUCAAGUCAAGCGACCAAUGGGAAAUGUUGGACCAAUCCAUACUUCCCCGGCCUGGAGGAGGUACAUACCUUCUCAUAUUCAUUUCAACAAGUGA